ACGUGCGGAUAGUCGGAGUUUUCCCAGUUCCACAAAACUUUGUAUCUUUCUCUGUACACUUCAUCUGGCUGGCCGUUCUGCGCGAGUAAGGAGUGUACUUACCUGUACUUGAUUUCGCCUGUUUUGGUUUACCCUCCCCCGUUUGGACGGAAGAACAGACGGACGGAUGCAUUCGCGAUUCGGGUACGUGCAGAUUACGUUGGUAGUUUGAUUUUCUUCUAUUUUGGAAAAACUGCUUUUGGUCAACAAGUUACUGUCAGUGAGUUGCUGUCUGCCUGCCAUUGCGUUAUCCCAUCCGCCCCGGCGGAAUCGCGCGCGGUGAGUAAUGAUGGGGCUACGCGAUCUGAAUCCGAAUUUCGCUUCGAGUGAGGUUGCCUUUUCGAGCUGAAAUGAAGAUUAGACGGCGGAAGAAAAAGGCAGCGGAAAUCGAUCUCCAGCAGAGUGCUUUUUUCGUUUUUGCUCGGUCCGGUUGGUGAGGAAAUCUGAGAGGCACACACAAAAAAAAACGACGAAGCCAAAAUAGAAGAAUGUAAGGAUGACAGUCGUGCUGUGAAUAAGUAAUGCCGUUGAUAGUCAAAAAGUGGUUCAAAGUGGUGCUUUUUUCGCGCAGUUGGCUCGUGAUUCGCUGGGGAAUCGUCCGUCGUACCGAAUGCUGAGGGAUCCGUUAUCUGGGGAUUCGAAUUUGCCAAUUGGAUCAUGAUACUAAUCUGAUUUGCAGGCUAACCUCCUCGCACACACACACACAGUCGGGCCCGUAAACCGAAUGACAAACGGGUGUGACCCCGGAGGGGGAUUAGGUUCUAGUGCGUAAGGAUUACCGAACAAUAUUGUUAGCAAUGUGGCCGGCCAGCAGAGGCAAGCCAAGUACGAACAACGAGAAAGACUAAAAUGACUGUCGCGUUUCGUCGUCGUUCCGUCGAUUCGGGAGGAAAUUAGUUUCUGAUGAUUCGCACAUAAAGAACUGAUUUCGGGUGCGGAACAGAGCGGACGAGACACGUUCGUCUGAUGGUUGAAAAUCUUUUUUUUUAUUUCUGAUAUUCUUCUUCAUGCUGGUUGUUGGAACGGAAGCGGAAAAGCCGGUGACGGAAAACCAACAAGUGAACAGUAGCUGCCGUCUCAGCAACAGUCGCUGCCAAGAGCGAAGAAAAUAAAGUGAUUCUCUGUGUUUCGGUGUGUUUGUUCUUAGGUCUCUGUUUGCUGAUUCAAAUGUGAUAUCGUAACCGUGAAGCAGAUAAAUGGAAAAUGUAGAAGCGACUGCGAUGGUUUCUUUUCUGCUCCCGUGAACAAGAAGAUAGAAGGAAGAAGCUCAAAUAAAAAGAAAAUGAAAACGUGCAUGUGUGAGUUGGCAGGAUUCCAAUGAUAACAAAAGAACGGCUCGGAAAAGCAAAGAUCGUUUUUGUGGCUUAGGGCGGAGACAGAGGCAGCACGACGACGACGACGACGACGACGACGGUGGAAAGCCGCUGGAGAAGGAUUAAUCUCACGCCGGAUUCAACGAUCCUGUAAUCACUGGAUUCGAAGCUCACCUACCGGUUCACCGCUGCUCUUCGGCUUCGUGAUACCCUCGUAGGAUCGCCACCGCGCAACACGUCCACUAUUGCAUCCAGCGACGAAGCCAGUAGCAACCAUUCCAGGUUUCGUUCCGAUCUCGUUUGUCGUAUCCGACAAAAUCAACCGUAGUGGUGGCAACGCUGCCAGCUACUCGUCAGUAUUGCCAGCGCUGAAGACAAUCCGAAGCACUACGCACUACACUAUUCGGGCGGCUGUACGCCGGAAGAAGCGUCGAAGACGGAAGAAAAAGCUACCCAUCGCAACGACGAUGGGCCACUACCAGGUGGCGCUCAGUACUACUACUACCACAACUACCGCACUUACUACUAAUCAAUGAUGAACCGAUAACUAUGAACUGUAGAGUAGCAGCUAGCAGCACUGCAGAGUGUGUGCACAAAACCCAAGACACAAAAAAGCCGUAUGUUUGUGCCAGUUGUAUUUUCGUUUCCUGGGUGUGUGUUAAGUCUUUCGUUCUCUAGAUAAAUAAUUAUUGAUAGCCAUCAAGUUUUUUGCUGUUUGAAUAUUGACAACACGUCAAUCGCGUUACACUUUUUCACAAGCCGAUUCCCCCAAAGGGCCAAGAGGAGCACACAAUUAAUGCGGAAAAUCGGAAUUUCGGAACAAAACGGGUAUUUCAAUCGUUGUUAUUGAUCGUUUCGUAGCAACAAAUAGAGGAGCAAACGACAUAUUAUUCGAGCAUCAAGCCAAAAUUUCGUGUAUGUGUGUGUAUGUGUGCGCGGGAUUAGAGAGAUAUUCUAGCAAAAGAGAGAGAGAAAAAGAGGCGGCACGGUGUACGCAAGAAUGAGUAUUGGAAAUCGCACACUGGAGUAAGCCGACGACUGCUCCGAGGAGUAGGAGAAGAAAGAAGUGUUUUUGUUUAGUGAACCGAUCGGAAGGAUUCGGGAAGCUGAACUUAUUAAAAGUGCACGUGUAAAUAUUGGAAUUAUCUAAUACAUUUGUGUCUAUUACGUAAACUAAACUUCUUUGGGAGCAUUGGAUUAUUCAUCAACUAAUAGAGAAUAGCUUUAUUUGUAAAUAUAAAACUAAUCACAAAGAAUUUGAUCGGAAAAAAUAGGGACCAGCCAAUUGCUUCAUUUUUAAACCCAUUUGAAUGUACUGCCGAACGCAGCGCACCCUGUAGGCCCAGUAGUCGGGGAAAAUAAAUCACAAUCUAGUAGGCAGAGAGUACAAGACUAACGAUAACACCACAGCAAUGGAUUACCCCUUGAUGCCAGGGAACAUCUCGCAGGAGGACUUUCUGGCCAUUGUCGGCGGGAACGGAUCACUGGCCGGGAUCGGGCAACCGUUCAACGAUACAUUGAACGGAGUGCUGGCCACCGGCGGCGACAAUCGGACUUUAUUCCAAGGCUACCCGAGCGGAUACACACUGCCGCACAUCAUCAUCGCUUCAAUUAUCGUGACAAUACUAAUGAUAGUGAUCGUAGUUGGCAACAUGCUGGUGAUCAUAGCGAUCGCCACCGAGAAGGCGCUCAAGAACAUCCAGAACUGGUUCAUAGCAUCGCUGGCCGUGGCCGACUUCUUUCUCGGCUUGGUCAUCAUGCCGUUCUCGCUGGCCAACGAACUGAUGGGCUACUGGAUCUUCGGCAACUGGUGGUGCGACAUCCAUUCGGCAAUGGAUGUCCUGCUGUGUACGUCGUCGAUAAUGAAUCUGUGUUUGAUCUCGCUCGACCGUUACUGGAGCAUAACGAAAGCGAUCGAAUAUCUUAAGUCAAGGACACCAGCCCGGGCUGCGUUCAUGAUUGCUGCAGUGUGGAUCAUGUCGGCGUUGGUGUGCAUUCCGCCGCUGCUCGGCUGGAAGGCACCUCGGCCGGAGGAACAUGUGGCGCUUCCGCAGUGUCAGCUGAGUCAAGAUAUUGGCUAUGUGCUCUACUCGGCGCUCGGAUCUUUCUACAUUCCAAGCUGCAUUAUGGUGUUUGUCUACAUCAGGAUCUACUAUGCUGCGAAGGCGCGAGCACGCCGAGGGAUCCGAAAAAAGCCACUGAAGCCGCCCAGUGAACAGGACACCAGCUUCACUCGUCCCGUCGGCACCAAUCCGAUGCCGUCUCUCCCCAGUGCCUCAUCCGUGUCGGCCGGCGCAGUGGCCCCUACGGCUACCAGCGUCAACGGUCAGCAUCCCGCUGCCAACAGUAACAACAACAACAAUAGUUUAAACAAUAACCCUAGCCACCAGCAGCAGAUAGCGACGAUAGAACCACCACCCAGAGGGUUAGGAGCCGCAGCCGGUGGGACCAGUGGCGCCACUAUGGCCAUUCCGGUGGUGACGUGCGAUUUUGCCUCGGAUAUGUCCACCAGUGAGGCAGCGGAUCACGAUCACGCGGCGGUCAUGCAGGAAAUGAAGGAUACACUGAAAGUUGUCAAGCCAGGCGGUGGAUUAACGGCGCUGCCCCUGUUGCGUGGCAACAACGGAGCAGCUGCAAAUUCUGGAGCGGCGAUAAGUCCACGGAAUCGAGCACUGUCGGUUGGUAUCGAGACGGAUAUGGUCAGUGAGUUCGACCCGUCUAGUUCGGACUCGGGUGUGGUCAGUAGGUGUGCUGUGGUGAAACCACUUAAAUUCAGGCUGUGUCAACCAAUUUUCGGGCAAAGGGGGCGAGGUAGGAAUAAGAAUAACAAUGCCAAAAGUAAUUGCGCGGGGUCAAGUACCGGGACCGGGCCAGGUCAACAGACGAUUUCGAUAUCUGCCCGAGCGACAGAUAGUGCUUGCAGUGAGAUGGAACCGGCUUUACCGAAGGUAAAGCCCAGAGAUCCGGAAAAAGAAAAGCGAAGGAUAGCGAGGAAGAAGGAGAAAAGGGCGACCCUAAUUUUGGGGUUGAUUAUGGGUAGUUUCAUAGCCUGUUGGCUACCGUUCUUCUUCCUGUACAUUCUGGUGCCCGUUUGCAAGGACUGCCAUAUACCUGAUAUUGCAUUUUCGCUAGCAUUUUGGUUGGGAUAUAUGAAUUCGGCCCUAAAUCCGGCCAUCUACACUAUAUUCAACAAGGACUUCCGGAGGGCCUUCCGACGGAUCCUAUUCAAGUGAUGUUUGGCAUAUGUGUGCUGCUAUCGCUGCGUUUCCCGGAGUAUCGAAAAAGCUACGGAGCGGGCGGUCAGUGGUGCACAGCUUGGCGGUGGAGGUUACCGCGGAGGUUACCUCCGAUAACCCCGUUAAGAAGAAGUGGCCAACUGCUUCCUUGAAGCUUUCUCUUCAACCAAACUAAAACAAGCUAACACCACCGGCUAAUCUGGUGUCGGUGGUGGCGCUGACAACCUAAGACUAAAACACCAAGUGUACGCGCGCACACACAUACACACACAAGCAAAACAUACAACAAAAUACGUAGGCUCCAACACUCGGGGCGGUUCCAAUUGUAGUAUCAAGUCCCACCCGUCGCCAGAAGGUUGGCUGAGAAGAAUUUAUCUUUUAGAAAGACUAAUCAAAAUGAAGAAACUCGCAAAUUUUAUACGAAGUACACUAUCUAUACUUUCAAGGUUAGAUGUUGAAUCGUCGAAUCGAAGAAGAAAAAAAAUAUUCCAAAACUCCCCCACCCGAACUGUACCGCUCGCUCCCGCUUCCCACUUUUAUUAGCAGGGCUGGACCCGGUUUAAGAGGCUGUGGGACCUACCCUCUUCCAUGAAAGAGAGACAGAGACAUACACUAGGAAAACAAACGAUAGCGUAAGCAAUAAUAGUUAUUUCACUCUUGAGUUUCAAAUUACUAGCAAUAGGUUUCGAAUAAUACUAGCAAAAAAAAUACAAAUCGCGUCAAAAUAUGUGUAGUAAUUUUCUCAAGUUAAGACUAAUACGGAAAUACGCAACGGAAAUAGAGAGAGAGUGGAAAAUCGUGUAAAAAUUAACAAACUCUGGCAGGUGAAUACCGGUAUAAAAAUAAACAAUUAGAAUUUUUAUAACUCUGGCUGGAGUCGGCUGGUGGAAAAUGUGCCCCUAUCUAGUGAACCUACCAGCCGUCUCCAUCCGCUUGUAAAUAGUCUGUACAUAUGAAGUAACAUAUAGUUUCAGCUCAUCGCACUCACCGAAACAUCCAACAGUACUAGUGCUCUAGAACCAGCAUUCAUAAACAAAACGAAACCGUGUUUUAAUCAAGCAAUAAAUCCACGGCCUUACGGCCAAUCCCACAGGGUCGGGGAUCCAAAAGAUCUGUACAUAACCUAAUGAAGUAAAAAAAAAACAAACGAUUGUUAGUGUUCUAUUAGAAGAAAAUUUUAACAAAAAGGUAAUCAAAAAAAAAACUCGUUCUGUACAUAAGUGUUAUUUUCCUAGAAGGAUAUAGUGAUUCUUAUACAACCGAUUUGUCUAACACAAACGUAAAAAAAAUCAUUAACACAAACACACUCACACAAAAAGUAUAGUUUUUGAUAUUAUAGUAAAUGUUACAGAGUAAAAUGUGUGCAAACCUAUACUCUUGCAAAAUGAAAAAGCAAAAAAAAAACAACACGACAAAGCGUAAGACAUGUUUGUGAUGGCGCCGUUGGCCUGCGAAAAGCUAACGUAAAAAAAACGUACUAUGAAAGAAAUUCAGUGAAAAUUAGGCGCAAUCCCUUCCACCAGAGGGCACCGGAGGAUUCGGCUCUCGAAAGCGGGAAAUGUUAAAAUGAAAUUAAAAACAGCUUCCAGCUUCGCGAUUCCUUUUACUGGGUCAGUCAGUCCGAGUCGUUGCGCUGAAGUUGAAAGCUGAAAACCCUGUACAGUCGGAACAUUUUCCCCAAUCCGGUGCCCGGAAGGCGAGAGCGCGCAACUUUAGGCAGUCAACUAAGACUACACACAGUUAAAACCUGCAGAAACAAAGCAAAAAAAAACUAGAGAAAAAAACCUAUUAAUAAAAGUUAGUUUGAAGAAUAGAAUUCUAAAUUCUUACAAUUAAUAAUCAACAAACAAGCAGCUAGGUGUAUAUUUUUCUUCACACGAAUACAACAAUCUAGUUACCCGGGGCGAAAGAUGCUCGGAUUUUGGUGUUUUUGAACGGACGAAGCGAACGAGCGCGAAUUCAUUAGUGUCUAUUUAGAUAAAAUUAAAACAAACAAACAAAGAGGAAA